AUGGGCGACGGCGGCAACAGCCGUGGCGGCAGCAAAGAGCUGGUACUACCCGACAGCAGCGACAAGUCGGCCCGUCGUAGCAGCCACCAAUUGAACGACAACUCGCAGAAAAGCAAUGCCCAAGUCCAGACGUCAUCUCCAAAGAGCGCCUCGAGGCGUGAGAAGGAGCGGCAGAAGAAGAGCUCGGGCAGCGCGCGUGGCAAGAAGAAGGUUCCGAGCCCGAGCAGCAGCUCCCAAAAAGAGGACAGCACCCAGCCGCCACGUUCGAGCGACUCGGUGCUGCGGAAGCAGGGCGGAGCCGAGCAGAAGUCCGCCGAGAGCCACCACUUCACCACGGACGGCUCGGUAGAGCUGGUGCUCAGCCAGGCGCAGAAGGCCAAGAAGAGCUUGGGUGGGUGGCCGUAUAGAGGAAGCUCACACUCCCAAAACGGGCACCCGCCCUUCUUCCCGAUCGAGCUGCACGUUUCCUACUUCGAGUGGGCCGCCAUGGCGAUGCCGCCCGCCUUCUUCUACCUGUGCGCCUCGUACGCAGUGCUCCUCGUGUGCUUCAUGGGCUUCGGGGAGUUGCUGCUGUGGAGGAAGCCGAGUCCCGACGAACAAGCACAGCAGGACAACAUCGGCCGGAUGAUCCGCACCUCCUAUGAUGACCUCGGCUCGAUGACGUUCGCAGAAAAGUCGGUGAUGUCGUGGUUCGGGGUGUUGGUGUUGCUGUGGGCCACUCGUGAUCUCGGCUUCGUGCGCGGCUGGGGUGAUCUGCUCUUCGCACCCGAUCACGCCAAGAUGCUGACCGAGUCAGUGUCCGGCAUCGUCGUCGUGUACGUGAUGUUCCUGUGGCCAAAGUACGGUUUCGGGGACGAGCAGCGCAGUAGGCGACCCCUGAAGGCCAACGAGAACGACCGGAUCCUGACGUGGCCCAUCAUCACCGAGAAGCUCAGCUGGUCGAUCAUCAUCCUCGUCGGCUGCGGGUUUUGCAUCUCGGAAGGUGUGACGGCAAGCGGACUGUCGAAAAUGGUGGAAGGUUUCGUUAGGGGAAUGCACGACGUCAAUCCGCUCAUUGUCCAAGCCAUCCUCAUGGCCGUCGUCGUCGCCAUGACCAACUUCAUGAGCAACUCCGGCACGGCCAACAUUUUCGUGCCGUUGGCUAUGGAUGCGGCGAAAGGCCUCAACUGGCACCCAUACCGGCUUGGACUUCUCGCCGCCAUCGGGCCGUCGUUGGCCUUCAUGCUGCCGAUGGCCACCCCGUCGAACGCGCUCGUUUAUGACACCGGCUACAUCUCGUUCUUCGAGCUGUUCUACACCGGCGCCCUGGUCAACGUGUUCUGCAUCGCCGUCACCAUCUUCAGCGUCAACACCUGGGCGUACUGGGUGCUGAACAUGAAGGUCGACGUCUGGGGAAUUGCCCCGACGAACGCCACGAUGACGCUUUUGAACGGUUCUACAACUGCAGCUCCGGAUUUCCCGUCGUCCACCUUUGUGACCCCC